UCACCUCCUCCUCCUUCCCCUUUCCCUCUCUCUCUAUAUCUCUUAAUUUCAUCUUUCAAUCUCUCUAAUGGUGCUCCACCUCCUGCCCUCUUUAUACACACACUAAAAAACACUCACAAAACCCUAAAACACACAAAACCCUAAAAAAACACAAACACAGAGAUAUAAUACACACCAUUGGCUCUGUUUUUACUUCUGACUGAUUGGGUACUUGUUAAACUUCUGAUUCUUAUUGCUCUCUGCAAGCUUUUCUGAGUAAGAAAAUUACUUGAAGCAAGAGCUUUUGAAAAAUGGCGCCCAAGAAUGGACGUGGGAAGACCAAGGGAGAUAAGAAGAAGAAGGAAGAGAAGGUUCUACCAGUUGUUGUGGAUAUAACUGUGAAUCUUCCUGAUGAUACCCAUGUUAUAUUGAAGGGAAUAUCGACAGAUAGAGUUAUAGAUAUUCGUCGACUAUUAUCCGUGAACACAGUAACAUGCAACAUCACAAAUUUUUCGCUCUCUCACGAGGUAAGAGGCCCACGAUUGAAAGAUACGUGCGACGUUGCCGCAUUGAAGCCUUGCACGCUCAAUCUCAUUGAGGAGGACUACGACGUUGAAACCGCCACAGCACAUGUCAGACGAUUGUUGGACAUCGUUGCCUGCACGACGUCGUUUGGUCCGUCGCCGGUGGUCAAGGAGGAUUUCAGCACUAAUGUGCCGGAAACCAAGACCGGAAAGAAGACGAGCAAAUCGCAACAAAGCAAUAAGCGGUCGACGAGUCUGCCGACUUUGACUCCUCCACCGCGACAACCGCAGUCGAAAGAUGUCUCCGUGGAUGGAGAGGGAGAGCUGAGCAAUUCGUGUCCCAAGCUUGGUAGCUUUUACGAAUUCUUCUCCCUCUCUCACCUGACUCCUCCUAUCCAGUAUGUAAGGAGAGCAACACGACAGAAUGAAGAUGACAUUUUAAUUGAUGAUCAUCUUUUCUCGCUUGAAGUGAAGUUGUGCCAUGGAAAGCCAAUCCAUAUAGAAGUCUAUCGAAAAGGAUUUUGCAGCAUCGGGAAGCAGCGAAUUUUAUGUCACAACCUUGUUGAUUUGUUGCGGCGACUUAGCAGGGCAUUUGAGAAUGCUUAUGAGGACCUCAUUAAAGCAUUCACGGAAAGGAACAAGUUUGGAAAUCUCCCGUAUGGGUUCAGAGCCAAUACAUGGCUCAUACCUCCUGUUGCAGCACAAGUGCCUUCGGGUUUCCCACCUCUUCCUACAGAGGAUGAGAAUUGGGGAGGAAAUGGGGGUGGUCUGGGAAGGGAUGGAAAAAGUGAUUUGCAUCCUUGGGCUAGUGAAUUCAUGUAUGUUGCAUCUAUGUCUUGCAAAACUGCAGAAGAUAGGCAGAUUCGAGACAGGAAAGCUUUCCUAUUGCAUAGCUUAUUUGUCGAUGUUGCCAUUUUCAAAGCUAUUUUAGCCAUUCAACAUAUAAUGGAAAACCCAAACAUAAAUCAUUCUGAUUUAAGUAGUGAUGACACUAUACAUACGGAGAGCAUCGGGGACUUGAGAAUCAGAGUCUAUAAGGAUACUCCUGAUGCUAGCUGCAAAAUAGAUACAAAGAUUGAUGGAUCUCAAGCAACUGGGGUGGAGAAAGAAAAUUUGGUGGAGAGAAACCUACUGAAAGGGAUCACUGCGGAUGAGAACACUGCUGCUCAUGAUAUAGCUACUCUUGGUGUUGUGAAUGUAAGGUAUUGUGGUUAUACUGCUGUCGUGAAAGUUGAGGAGAGAGAAGAUGACAAGAAACAAUCUCCAUUGCCAUACAUUGAGCUUCUCGAUCAGCCUGAUGGAGGAGCAUGCGCACUCAAUAUCAACAGUUUGAGGUUGCUGCUUCAUAAAAAAGCAAGUAGCAUUCUUCCUAAUUUGAAAAGAUCUGAAGGCGAAGAGCUCGGUACUUCUCGAGUCCUUGUGGAGAAACUAUUAAAGGAGAGUUUAAUGAAGCUUCAGGAAGAGUGUGUUGAAUCUGACAAGUUUACAAGAUGGGAACUUGGAGCUUGCUGGAUACAACAUUUACAAGAUCAAAAGAAAACAGAAAAAGACAAGAAAGCUUCUACUGAAAAGGUGAAGGUUGAAGGGCUCGGGACAGCUCUUCGAUCUUUAAAAAACAAGAAAAAAGAUUUGGAGGGGAGCACAAAAGUUGUUGAUGUUGUGAAUGGGGAAGUCGAGAAUUCUGUGUUAGACUUUGUUGUAGAAUCUCCCAAUUCAGAUGAAAAUGAGAAUGCUUUAAAAAAAUUGUUAUCUGAUGCUGCUUUUACUCGGCUUAAAGAGUCAGAAACUGGGCUCCACUGCAAGUCUUUGCUGGAGCUGAUUGACCAAUCUCAAAAAUAUUACAACGAAGUUGCUCUUCCGAAAUUGGUUGCAGAUUUUGGUUCUUUGGAACUAUCACCAGUUGAUGGGCGAACUCUAACUGAUUUUAUGCACACACGAGGUCUCCGCAUGCGUUCUUUAGGACAAGUGGUUAAGUUGUCAGAAAAAUUAUCACAUGUGCAAUCUCUAUGUAUACAUGAGAUGAUAGUACGAGCUUUUAAGCACAUUAUACAGGCAGUGAUUGCUGCUGUUUCUAAACCAGAGGAAAUGGCUGCUGGAAUUGCUGCUGCACUGAAUCUGAUGCUUGGGGUUCCUAAAAGUAAAAAAUCUUGUGUUGAUUCUGUAACAAAGACAUGGCUAGAAGUUUUCUUGAAGAAGCGAUUUGACUGGGAUCUUGCCAGCUUUAACUACACAGAGCUUAGAAAAAUUGCUAUACUACGUGGGUUAUGCCAUAAGGUUGGCAUUGAGCUGGUUCCAAGAGAUUUUGAUAUGAACUCUCCACAGCCUUUCAAAAAGGAGGACAUCAUCAGCUUAGUACCAGUGCAUAAGCAAGCAGCAUGCUCAUCUGCUGAUGGACGCCAACUCCUGGAAUCAUCAAAAACUGCCCUCGACAAGGGAAAGCUAGAAGAUGCAGUUAGUUAUGGGACAAAGGCUCUUGCAAAGCUAGUUGCAGUAUGUGGUCCUUAUCAUCGAAUAACUGCAGGAGCUUACAGUCUCCUUGCUGUGGUUUUGUAUCACACUGGGGACUUCAACCAGGCCACAAUCUACCAACAAAAAGCUUUGGACAUCAAUGAGAGAGAACUGGGAUUGGAUCAUCCAGAUACCAUGAAAAGCUAUGGGGAUCUUGCAGUGUUCUACUAUCGACUUCAACAUACAGAGUUGGCUCUCAAGUAUGUAAAACGAGCAUUGUAUUUGCUACAUCUUACAUGUGGCCCAUCACAUCCAAAUACUGCUGCCACGUACAUCAAUGUAGCUAUGAUGGAGGAAGGUUUGGGAAAUGUCCAUGUCGCCCUCAGAUAUCUUCAUAAAGCUCUCAAGUGCAACCAAAAGUUACUUGGGCCAGACCAUAUCCAGACUGCUGCAAGUUACCAUGCAAUCGCAAUUGCUCUCUCUUUAAUGGAAGCUUAUCCUCUGAGUGUUCAGCAUGAACAAACAACCUUGCAGAUACUACGUGCAAAACUUGGGCCAGAUGAUCUACGCACACAGGAUGCUGCUGCUUGGCUCGAGUAUUUUGAAUCAAAGGCUCUUGAACAACAAGAAGCUGCAAGAAAUGGGACUCGGAAACCCGAUGCAUCCAUAGCUAGCAAAGGUCAUCUUAGUGUAUCGGAUUUGCUUGACUAUAUCAAUCCAAGUCAUGAUGGGCAAGGGACUGAUGGUAUGGGUUUAAAACGUAAAACCUAUAUCCAGAAGUUGAAGGGAAAAAGCUACCAAACCUUGGAGGUGGCAAAUGCUGAGGAGGCAUCUCCAAAAGAUCUUCUGAAACAAGUUACAGAUGAAGAGGCGGCCCUUGAACAUGAGAUUCAAGUGAAUCAAGAAUCCACCUCUCUAUUUGUUGAGUCGAUACCACCAAUCAAGGAAGAAACACCAGUUCCAGUUGCUUCUGAGCUUCAGCCACCAGAGGAAACUGGUGCACAAAACCCUAACCCUGGUAGUAAUGAAGGAGGAGGAGGAGAAGAAGGGUGGCAAGCGGUUCAAAGGCCAAGAUCAGCAGGCUCAUAUGGACGUCGACUAAGACAGAGGAAAGCAACAACGAGUCUCAACAAGGUUUACGGCUAUCAAAAGAAAGGUGUUGUUCAUGAGUCUGAAAAUGGAACUGGAAGGUAUCACUUUGUAAAGAAACGAGUGAUGUCUCCUUCAACUUAUGUUGACUACCACACUGCAACUCCUAAUCAUAAUAAAUUUGGGCGUAGAAUUGUCAAAGGUUUGACAUACAGAGUUAAGUCCUCGGUCCAUGUGCCUGUGGAAGAAACUAAUUCUAAUUCUUCGUCAUCUGAACAAACAACAAAAGAAGCAUCAUCAGUACCACAGACACAGAGAAGAUCCAUGAUUAGCAUUGGAAAAUCUCCUUCUUACAAAGAAGUAGCCGUGGCCCCACCAGGUUCCAUUUCUCUGUUGCAGGUCACGGACAGGGAUGAUGACAUUAUUCCUGAUGAUAAGGAAAUCGAUAACGGUAAGCACGAGGAAUCUGUUGUUAAAGAAGCGGAAGAAGAGAUUUUUGAGAAAGUGGAUACGAAAGACGAAACAGAAGAAACUCAUUUAGGAGCAAUUGCAGAUGUGGUGGAGGUUGAUAAGGUAAUAGACAAGAGUGUAAUAAUCGACAUGCCAAUUCCAAUUGUUCCCUCCAAUGCCAGUAUAGAGACGGAGACAGAAAAUGUAAAACCAAAUCAAAGUCAAGAACCCCAAAACAAGAGGUUGUCUGCAUCAGCUACUCCAUUUAACCCAUCGCCACCUGUUGUCCGUGUUGCACCAAUGCCCAUGAACAUUGCUCUACCUCCUCCUGGGCCCACCCCAUGGCAAAUGAAUAUGACUCUUCACCCAAGACCACCUUCUUCACCUCACUCACCCUACCCUACACCUCCACCUCCAGGCACCCCCACCCCCAAUAUGAUGCACCCACACCCAUUGCCUCUUAUGUACUCUCCUCCAUAUACACAAGCUCCAUCGUUAUCAUUACCCAUACCCAACACUAACACUACAUAUCCUAUGACCACCGGUCCCUUUCAUCCCAAUCAUUUCGCAUGGCAAUGUAAUAAUGGGUUACAAUAUGUUUGGUCAAACUGCCAUCCAAUGGAAUUCUCCAUCUCCCCACCAGCAGUAAGGCCGAUUUCUGAUCCAAACAUGGAGACCAAACAGGUGUUUGAUGGAACUUUUCCUUCUCCUCCUAGUUUAUUGGAGGCUAACAAUGUGGAUGAAACUAAGCAACAAGUGAGUCUUGAGAAAUCUAAUGACAUUGUGGGGGUUCAAAAUGGCUCAAAUCAUGGCCAAAGGGUUGAGAACGAGAAGACGUUUAAUAUAUUGAUAAGGGGGAGAAGAAACCGAAAACAGACUUUGAGGAUGCCCAUUAGUCUGCUCAACAAGCCAUAUAAUUCUCAGUCUUUCAAAGUCAUAUAUAGCAGAGUCAUCAGAGGAAGUGAAGCUCCAAAGCCUAGCACCAGCCUUUCUUCUCAACCUACUUCUACUGCUACAUAGUGGUCGGAUAUAUCGUGAUUACAAAGUGUAGUUCCAUAGUUUUGCCAUGUAGACACAGAUCAUGCAGUUUUUAGGUUAUCAAGUUACAUGGAUCUCCAAUCAUCACUUGAAAAAGUUACAGGUUUCAAAACCAGAUAGGGUUUGCAGUCAGUCGGUCAUACUUGGGAUUUCAGAGAUGUUGAAUAAUGGAAAGGACACAACACACAUGUUUAAGAAAUUUUGGAUUGUUGGUGCAUAUCAUUACAAGACUAAUUAAUUGGGUGGUUAUCCCAUGGCCAUGAUGAUUAAAUUGGAUUUGAUUGUACAUGAUACCAUUUUUGUUCAAACUGAGUUUGAUUUAGACAUACAAAAUGUUGCUGAUACUAAUACUUAUAAUAGAACCAAUUCUUAGUCCA